CUGUAUUUUUCCACUCAUCUCGGAGAGGAUCAGAAGGUUAAAGCUUUUGAGUCUGAAGUUAAACCUAUAAUAACUGGAGGUGAAAGAAAUGGAAAACAGUUCAAGUGAAGAAACUGCAAAUACUUCACAUGACUAUUAUUAUUAUGAUGAUGAAGUAUGUGACAAUACAAACUUGGCAAGAUUUAAAUCUAUUGCAGUUCCUCUGGUCUUUUCCUUUGUGGUCCUCUUCAGUCUGGUGGGGAACAUACUGGUUCUUGUGUUCCUGUCACGUUCUUGGCAUUCACAGAUGUACUGGUUACUCUGCAACUUAGCAAUAUCUGACCUGAUCUUCACUGCUGGACUUCCAUUCUGGUCGUGUCAGUUCAUCUGGGGCUGGACGUUUGGUGAUGUAAUGUGUAAAGGUGUGAGAUUUGUGUUCUCUGUUGGAUUUUAUAGCAGUAUUGUGAUCCUGAUGAUGAUUUCCUUUUGGCACUUUUUAUGUUUUUUCUAUGUUUCCAUACCUUUGCUGCCAAAGUAUAGAGAAGCCUCUACUUUCCUAUCUUGGGUGAUAAGCAUUGCUCUAGCUGUACCAGCGUUAUUUCAAAGUUCAGUCGUAUCUCACCCUGAUGAUCCAAACACACUUUACUGUGUGUAUAACAGCAGUGAAGCUAUACUUGCUGCAACAUAUCAACAGAACAGCUUAUUUGUGGUGGCCUUUUUACUAAUUGGUUUUUGCAACUUAAUAAUUUUUAAGAAACUUAAUCCGAGAGAGACAUUUGACGAUGUAAGAAAAUACAGAUCUCUAAGACUCAUCGCCUGUAUUGUGAUGGUCUUCUUCAUUGGUUGGGCUCCUUAUAACAUUAUGAUAUUUUUGAAGUCCCUCAGAUUUUUUAUUGAUUGUGACAUGUCUGUUAAUCUAGACUAUGCAUUUUGUGUCGGCAUAAUGCUGGCCUAUUCACACUGCUGUCUCAAUCCAGUGCUUUACGCCUUUAAUGAUGUUAAGUUUCAGUAUAAUUUGAGGAAGAUUCUACAAUUUUCCCAAAUCGACGCAGCCACCAGCAAUGCAGUAGAUCAGGAUCCUCAGGAGUGAAUACAUUGCAACAGAACUCCACAGACUGAUACUGAAAAACUGUAGAAGCAGCUAUGCAACUAUAGUAUAUAUAAGGGUGUCCUGAAGUCUGAAAUACCUGUAAAGUGUUUGAAAAAUGCCUGUAUGAGUGUUUUUUGUUGUUUUUUGCAUUUUGUUUGCCUGGACGGAUUCUUAGGUAUCCCUUUUUCUUUUUUGUGACUUGAGGUUCAUUAAAUUUGCAAUUGUAUCCUGAACAGUGUGUAAGAAUAUGGAAGAGUUUUGCCUUACUAUGUUCAUUGUUCAUUGAUUAAAGAGUUAAUUUGUGUGUUACUAAAUCAGCAUUUAAUUAAUCAGUAUGUUAUUCAAGCAUUUAGCACGAUUCAUGAUGAUUCACGUUGUGACUUAGAAUGUACGAAUGUUGUGUCCUUGUGCUCAAAGCAAGGCCGGUCCAGAGAUACUGUGUUUUUUUUCCAGCGGAACCAAGAGUUGUCUGUACAUGUAAUCUAUUGUCUGAUAUAAGUUGGGGUAACCGAGUUCUCGGCUGACGUAUAGAAUGAAUAACUGCUUAGGUAUCAGGAUCCGGUGGGGUGUGAGGAUCCUCCUCAUCACAUCAUUGGACUGAGGCCAGGCGAAUGCCUGUAUUUAUAUGACUCUCUAUCUAGGAAUAGUCGCGUUGGGCGGGAGACUAGAGAGGGACUAGAGAGCCACAGGUCCUGUACACACAGCCGAGAACUCUGGAAAGCCCAACUUUUCCUCACCUGUUGGGUUUUCCUCUUAUUUUCACCUUUUUAUUUUAAUUCAUUUUUUAAUCAUCUUUUUACUCAAUUUUUGAUGUACCCAAAAAACUGUUUUGCUCAGAAGAUUCUUUGAAUAAAAUCUGACGGAACUACAA